AUGGACUUUGGAAGCAGUGAGUUGCGUUAUCGUGACGGUGAACGAGUUGUGGUAGUAUCAUUGCGGACAUUUGAUGGUUCAGGUAGUGCACGAGUGGUUGCAGUACGGAUCGCUCGCAAGACACAGAUCGAGAGUAGUGCGCUGAUGCCCAUCGAAGUCGCGGUGAACGCAGUAGACGGUGAGCGAGGGAUCUUUGUACCGACAAGACACGUGGGAGCCAUCAUGAUAGCAGCUACAGUGACUACCGUACGCAACGGCAAAGCUUUGGUGCCUGCAAUUAACUCGAACAGCAGCAGCGCGAAGUUGCCCAGCAAGAAGCAGCUUGGUACGUGGAUACCCUUGGACGACGAUGUACAGAUUCUGCAGAUGAACGGAGAACUGAGCCGCAGUCGAGUGAAUAAGUGGAUCAGCGAAUUGGGUCACACGAGUACUCCGUUGAAGGACGAAAACGAGGUGAAGGUCGGCAUCAAGAACAAAGGAGCACGGGAAUUAGUCGUGAAGUUAUUGAGAGCGUACCGUAACCUGACAGCGAAUGAAGGAGAUUGUCCGCCAACGACCGUACUCGAUGUUCAACACCAUAUCGAUACUGGAGACACGGCACCAAUACAAUGAAGUACCUGAAAGGCAGUAAGGACCUGGG